ACGAGCGGGGAUCGGCGCUACUUCAGAAAGGUGUCUGCAAGGUGGCGGCGAUGGCGGAGAAGCCACCGCCGGGUCCCCCGAUGACUUUUUACCAGGAGUCCCCGAAGGGCGUACUGGUUUCAGUUAUCAAAACCACCUCUGUCAAACCGUUCUCCCGGGGUAGAGGUGAGGAGCUAACACUUCCCCCGCCCAUCCUCAUCAGCCCUGGCUUCAGCGACUUCAUGGUUUACCCCUGGUGCUGGGGAGAGAAUGCCCACAAUGUGACCUUUAGCCCGCGUGGCUCCGCCAUCCCUUCAUUCGUCCAACAGCCCCGUGGGGGGCCAGCUAGAGUCUGCAGUGGGGAAGAAGAGGAGGCGAGUAGCAGCCUCAAGGAUGGGAGAAGACGUGGCCGACCAAGAGCAGACACAGUUCGUGACCUAAUAAAUGAAGGAGAGCAUUCUUCUAGCAGAAUACGCUGCAAUAUCUGCAACAGGGUGUUUCCACGAGAAAAAUCACUACAGGCACACAAACGAACUCAUACUGGUGAGAGACCUUAUUUGUGUGACUACCCAGACUGUGGGAAAGCCUUUGUUCAGAGUGGGCAACUCAAAACUCACCAGCGUCUUCACACAGGGGAAAAGCCUUUCAUCUGCUCAGAGAACGGGUGUUUAAGCAGAUUCACACAUGCAAACCGUCAUUGCCCCAAACACCCAUAUGCCCGGCUGAAGAGGGAAGAACUCACAGUCAGACUGAAUGAAAAACAGAUGGCUGACAAUAAAGCUGCAGCUGAGUGGCUAGCGAAGUACUGGGAGACUAGAGAACAGCAUGCUCCCACUUUGAAAAGUAAAACAAUCCAGAAAAUGGAUCAGGAACAGAAGGACCGGAUGGGAUUUCAUCAAUCUGAUGAAGAGGAUGAUGAAGAGAAAAAUAGCGCUCAUUUAACAGCUUGCCGCAGCCUCCAGGAACAGCGUGAACACAUGCAUGGUGCAUUGGCUCUUAUUGAGCUUGCAAACCUAGCUGUGGCGCCACUGUGA